AUGAGGACACCCUUUUACCGCUGCCACAACACCACGUCAGUGGAAAAGGGCUACUCGGCAGUCAUGGGCAGCGUGCUCUUCAGUGCCGGCCUCCUGGGCAACCUGGUGGCGCUCGGGCUGCUGGCGCGCUCGGGGCUCGGGUCGUGUCAGCCGCGCCAGUCGCGCUCGUCGCGCCAGUUGCGCCCGGCGCCCUCGGUCUUCUACGUGCUGGUGUGCGGUCUGACCGUGACCGACCUGCUGGGCAAGUGCCUUGUGAGCCCCGUGGUGCUGAUCGCCUACGCGCAGAACCGGAGCCUGUGGGGGCUGCUGCCAGCGUCGGGGGACUCGCUGUGCCAGGCCUUCGCCUUCCUCAUGUCCUUCUUCGGGCUCGCCUCGACGCUGCAGCUCCUGGCCAUGGCACUCGAGUGCUGGCUGUCCCUGGGACGUCCCUUCUUCUACCAGCGCCACAUCACGGUACGCCGCGGUGUGCUCGUGGCGCCCGUCGUGAGCACCUUCUGCUUGGCUUUCUGCUCGCUGCCCUUCGUGGGCUUCGGGAGCUUCGUACAGUACUGCCCUGGCACCUGGUGCUUCAUCCAGAUGGUACACGACGACCGCUCCCCAGCGGUACUGGGCUACUCCAUGCUCUACUGCAGCCUCAUGGCGCUGCUGGUGCUGGCUACCGUGCUGUGCAACCUGGGCGCCAUGCACAACCUCUAUACGAUGCACCGACGCCUGCGCCGCCAGCCGCGCUGCAUCUCCAGGGAGAGGGCUGAGCCGGGCGACGGCAGCCGCGGGGCCGCUCGGUCUCCACACCCCUUGGAGGAGCUCGAUCACCUCUUGCUGCUGGCUCUUAUGACCGUGCUCUUCACCGUGUGCUCGCUACCCUUGAUUUACCAUGCUUAUGCCAGCAUCUUGAACGCUCCGGACAGGAGCUCCCACGAUGCCGACGAACUCCAGGCCUUACGUUUUCUCUCGGUGAUCUCCAUCGUGGACCCGUGGAUUUUCAUCAUUUUCAGAACGUCGGGGUUUCGGAUGUUCUUUCGUAAGAUCUUCAUCAGACCUCUGCAGUAUAGAAGUUGGCACAGUAACUCAUGCCAACCUCACACAGAGUCUAGCCUGUGACCUGACACUCUCUGGUGUCAGCUGGAGAGGAAGAUAAUAAAAAGGAAAGCAGAAUCAAGGAUGUAAACAACUCUCAAAGCUCUAAUAUCAGUGCCAUGAAAUUUUAAUCUAAUCACUUUCCCUGAAAUUGCAAAAUGAGUCACGGAUCCCCGGAAUGG